UCUAUAUUUCUCACAUAAAGAUAGUCUACAUUUAUUUAACCAAAGUUUCUUUUUCUCCAUUUACUUAACCAAAGUUACUACUAUAAAUUCAGUUCCAUAUUGCCCCAUACUUUCAAGUUUCAACCCCUCACUCUAAUCUUUCUUUCAUCCUAACUUCUCAACCGUCGUUCUUUCCUUUCAAAUCAUGGCUCUAAAUUCAAACUCAAAACCCUUUCUUCUCUUCAACAUGAUCUUACAAUUAGGUUAUUUAGCAUCUGCUGCUGUGUUUACCAUACAAAAUCAAUGCAGUUACACAAUUUGGCCGGGAACACUUUCCGGCAACGGCGCAGCCGUUCUCGGUAAAGGUGGUUUUUCGUUAGCCCCCGGUGCAAUCGUUAACCUAACUGCACCGUCGGGCUGGUCCGGACGUUUCUGGGCUCGGACCGGUUGUAAAUUCGACGGUGCAGGCAAUGGACGAUGUAUCACCGGAAAUUGUCUCGGUGGACUAAAUUGCAUAGGAGGAGGUACUCCACCAGUGACAUUGGCGGAAUUCACUAUCGGAUCAGCCGGAAACGGCGGUAAGGAUUUCUACGACGUGAGUCUGGUGGACGGUUACAAUGUGGGAAUGGGCAUAUGGGCAAACGGAGGAACCGGUGACUGUCAAUACGCGGGGUGUGUUGCGGAUUUGAAUGGUAAUUGUCCGACGGAACUUAGGGUGAGUGGCGGUGGUGGCUCCGGGUCGGUUGUGGCGUGUAAGAGCGCGUGUUUGGCGUUUAAUACGGAGGAAUUUUGUUGCACCGGUGAACACUCGACGCCGGAGACAUGUUCGCCGACACGUUACUCGGAGAUAUUUAAGAAAGCGUGUCCAACUGCAUACAGUUAUGCUUAUGAUGAUGCUUCAAGCACUUGCACAUGUUCUGGUUCUAGAUACCUUAUCACGUUUUGCCCUAGAGGAUCAUCGUGAUCAAUAGUCUUGUUAGUGUGAUAAAUGUUUUUUUUUUAUUAUGAAAAGUGUGACAACUUUUUUACUAUGAUUAUGAUUUCUUUGUCUUUGAUUA